AUGACUUCCAACCUAGUCUACGGCCGGCAGCUUACAGAAGCCCAUUUUGAGACCUAUCAGCGCAGGCAAAGCUUCCGGCUUCUUAGUGAAGAGUGGCACUUCUUGCUUGGUUUCCCCUCUGCCCCUGGCUUCUCAAGGGCAACUAUCCCCUCGGGCUCAAAGAGAGGCCUAGCUGCCGUUGACCUUGAGCAUUUCCAGGAGCUUCAAGUAGCCCGCUGGAAGCAGCUACGCAAGGUUAACCUUGACCUUGAGCUGCAGAGGCUGCUCGGCUCUAACGCCACCUUCCGGCAAGGCCAGAAGCCGAUUCUAGAGGCCAUCAUGAGUAAUAGGAAUCCAAUCCUAGCCAUCAUGCCCACUAGCGGCGGCAAGAGCCUUCUAUUUCAGUUGCCGGCUGCUAGCUGCCCAGAUAGCAUAACUAUAGUAGUUGUGCCGCUGGUCUCGCUGCUAGGCAACCUCCUAGACCGCUGCCAAGCUAUGGAUAUCCCUGCUGCUCAGUGGCAGGCUGAUAGGGGCACCAAGGGGGGCUUCUAUUAUCUUUGUGACGCCCGAGUCAGCUAUGACAAAGCGGUUCCAGGCCUAUCUAGAUGGCCUCCAAGCCCCAGCCCGCCUUGA